UGCACCUACACUGAAAGAUGUUUCUAUGAUCACUGCUCUACCAAUUAGAGGUGAGACGGUAGUCUCUCCACGAGUGUCUCCAACUUGGGCAUUAGAUAUAGCAGCCCGUCUUGGGAUGGAAAUGCCAGAAUCACAAUGUUCUGGUAACCCUCGGGGCAUCCCACUCGUCUGGCUUCGUGAUAACUUUCUUAAUUUAUCUAACUUCGCCAAUGAGGAGACGAUAAAAAGACAUCUGUUUGCGUAUUUGUUGUGGCUCCUCGGGAAUCUAUUUCCAAAUUCACAUGGGGACGUUGUUCUCCCUGGUCUCAUCUACAUUGCAGAGAAUAUGGUAGAUGAACCUUUACCCGAGCAGCCAAAAUACAGCUUCGGUUCUGCCAUGCUAUCUCAUACAUACAGAGGCUUGUGUGAUGCCACGCAAAAAACCUCUUUCGCACAAAAAGCUCCAUUAUUUUGUGUCGCCUAUGAGUUUCUACAGUUGUGGUCCUGGGAAUACCUCCCUGUAGGACGACCUCGUAUAGUACAACCCAUAUACCCAUACGACUUUGGCGAGGGUGCUAGCGCAACUAUGGCCACCAGGUGGACAAAGGCACGGAAACGUUGGUCUCCAGAUAUUGCGAAAAAUUGUUACCCUAUGUACCACCAGCAGUUUGAGAUACUUGAUGAGGCAGAAGUCACAUGGAACCCGUGGACUCAGGACCAGCUAAAAAUGGUCUUUGAUGCUCGACACUUCACACCAGACAUGUUGACCGAUAGUGCAUUCUGGCUGACUCGCUGCAACUUAUUGUUCCUGUGGUGUGUUGAACCUUACAACCCAGAGCGUGUAAUGAGACAGUUCGGUCUCUAUCAAGAAAUUCCACCACCUUUUCCCAGACGUAUCGACGAGGAAACACAUAAGCUAACAAAUAUGGGCAGGGGUUGGAGUUUAUACGAUUGGAGGGAAGAGAACAGUGAAUGA